AACAACAACAACAGCUGUGCUGUGUGCUUGUGUGUAUGUGUGUGUGUGUGUGUGUGUGUGAGAAUUGAAACGCCCGCUAACCAAAGUCAAGCGCUAGAUGGCGCUGCUGUCCGCGCGGGCGGCUUAUGUAGUUAUUGCGCGCGUUGUUGUUGCUAAUAAAACGCGCAAAAGCAAAUUAUAGCUGCGACCAGCAGCAGCAGCAGCAACAAAUAAAUUUAAAUUUAUUACUUAGCAUAACAAAAUCAACAACAGCAACAAUCGCAGCAGCAACAACAACUGUUUAGUUUCGCGAACGCGUCUCUCGGUUUUUUCGGUUGUCGUCGCCGUCGUCGUCGUCGUCGUCGUCGCAAUUCGUCAGUCAGUUGGUUGCACCUGUAACGCAACGGUCGCUAUGUAUCGUCGUCGUCGUUUGGCAGCCGCUAGUUUCAUCUUCGAAGUGGGCAAAUCGUUUGCCAGCACGGCAGCAGCAACAAUUGCCGCCAAGCAACAGCAGCAGCAGCAGCAACAUAAUUUGUGCAACGGCAACUAGUUGCGGCAGAGACUUAAAAUCGCAAAAACUACGAACAAGAAACUUGAAAAAACCAAAUAAAUACUAGAACUUUUUUUCAUUUGCCAAAUAAUCCAUAAGUAUUGUCAGCAAAACUGGAUUAUUUGCUGAAAACUUUACGCACGCUGAAAUCCAAUUCGAUUAUGGCCGAGAAUCAAAGCGCUGCCAACGAAGAUUCCGGUCAGCAACAGCAGCAACAUCAUCAUCAACAACAGCAACACCAGCAACAGCAACAGCAGCAACAAGUCAGCACAGCGGCAGCAACAAUUGCUAAUAGCGGUCAGGCCAGCGGCAGCAACUCGGCCGCCUCCUCGCCCGAAAGUUCACAGGAAACGCACACAAUUGUUGCCAACACAACAGCAACAGCUGCCGCAGCAGCAGCAGCAGCAGCCGGCAACAACACAACGGCAACAGCAGCAACACGCCGGCAACAGUCCAGCAACACACAACAGCAGCAACAUCAACAACAACAGCAGCAACGCGCCGGCAGCAACAACAUGUUCGAUCGUCAUCUGAAUGCCAAGUUCAAGCCCACGGGCGGUUCAGCUGGCGCUGGCAAUGCGCCCGCUCGCCGCAAUUCCAUACAGACGCCGGCGCGCGGCGUCAGCGUGGUGGGUGGCACCACCAGCAUUAAGAAGCCGCCGCUGACCAAGGUCAAUUCGCUCGGCGGCAGCGGGCAGCAUCAUCAUCAUCAUCAUCAUGUCGCCACGCACCAGCAGCAUCAUCAUCAGCAGAACAGCAGCAGCAACAACAGCAGCAGCAACAAUAUACAGCGCACCACCAGCGAGAGCUUGCGCCUGAAUGCGCUGAAUCGCGGCGCUGCGGCAGCAGCAACUGUUGCUGCCGAUGCCAGCGCCACGGUAUCGCGCGCCAGCAGCAACAGCAGCCUGGCGACAGCCUCGAGCGCCUCGCUGGCGCCCAAAUCGAGCAGCACCAAUCACACUGCCACGCCAGCAACCAACACUAACACCAACAGCAGCAGCAGCAGCGACGCCGGCAGCGGCAAGGCCAGCUCGCCCAACAACAAUGGGCGCGGCCUGGGCCUGCAGCAGCAGCAGCAGCAAUGGCAGCAGCAGCAGCAGCAGCAACAUCAUGGGCAUCAUCAUCAUCAUCAGCAUCAUCAUCAUCAGCACCAUCAACAGCACACGAGCCACAGCCAGGGGCAUCCGUCGGCAACGGCAGCAACAAUUGCCGCCGCAGCAGGUGCUGCUGCUGCCUCUGCUGGCGGCGGCGGCGGCGGCGGCGGUGGAGGCAACAAUCGCAAACCAAAGACGACUUCCUCAUUUCAAAUCACCUCCGUGACGGUGGGCCAUGCCAAGCUGAAUGCGGCAGGCGAUACGGGCGAUGAGUCCGCCGAUGAUCUGGACGAAUCUCAUACGGAUGACAAUAGUCGGAUUACGGAUCUGGAGAACGAGACGCCGUCCAUGUCGGAGGACACGUUCUCCAAGGAGGAGGUGUUCUUUGCCAACAAUGCGCUGAGCACCACCGCGCCCGUCAUACCCACCAGUUCACAGUACGGUCUCGUUGUGGUCGAUCCCAUCGGCUCGCCCUCCCUCGGCCAGACCAUACAGAAUGUGCAGGUGAAUGUCUCCGACAAUAUAAUCAAUGUGGUGAGUGCGGCUGUGACGCCUGGCGGCACCAAGAAGAAGGACGACAUGAAGGAGACGCAGCAUCGCAGCGAACGCUUCAAGGUGGUCAAAAUUGAGUCGACGGAGCCGUUCAAGCGCGGACGCUGGAUGUGCAUGGACUAUCUGGAUCAUUCCAGUGUCGGUGCUGCCAACAACAAUGAAAAGACUGGUAACUCCGAGGCGGCAACUGUUGCUGGCGGCGGUGGCAACAAUAUGGGCGAGGGAUGCGAUCCCACGGCGCCACCAAAGACAACGCAGAGCAUGAUCCUGCCGCCGAGCAUGCUCCACGAGAAUCAUCUGGAGGCCGCUUCGGCCGAUGCCAAUUGGAACUUUGCCGAUCAGCAGCAAUCGCAGCCGUCGCAGCAGCAACAGUUGCAGGCGGGCGUCGCCGCAGCAGCAGCAGCAACUGCAGCUGGUCAACUAACGGCCACGCCCAGCGGCGUUAUGACCGCCCCCGCGACCGUGGUGCACGGCAUGCAGCAGUUCGUGAACGCAGCCAACAGCGAUGCACAGCAGCAACAGCAGCAGCAGCAACAACUUUAUGACAGCGUCAAUGCUAACGCGGGCACGCCCAAUGCCAAUGCGGAGGGCACGCCCCACGGACAGACGCUGCCCAUGGACUAUGCCACGGCCGCGGCGCAGCAGCUGCAACAGUCGCUGCAGCAGCUGAAGCAGCAGGAGCAGGCAGCCGCUGCCGCGGCAGCAAUGGAUGUUGCCACCAGCGCUGGCUACAGCAACAGCAGCAACAAUAACAACAACAACAACACGACAGCAACAGUUGCUGUCAGCGAGCCGCAGCUGAGCAGCAGCAGCUAUGUGGAUCAGCCCUUGUCGCCGGCCGCCCAAACGCCACAAUCGGCGCCGACAUUUGCAGCUGUUGCUGCCGGGCAGCAGCCGGCGCCGCCGACGGCCAACUUCCAGCUGGAGGCAACAUCGCAAAUCGAUGGCAUUGCGCCGGCAACUGCAGCAUUUCCAGCCGCAGCUGCAGCAGCAGCAGCAACACAGACUUCAAACACUUCCACUAGCACAGCAGCAACAGUUGCUGGCACAGCAGCAGCAGCAGCAGCAGCAGUUGUCACAGCAGCAGCAACAGCAGCAGCUGUUGGUCAGACUCAGGGGCAAACUUUGCCAUUGCUGUCGCACAUGAACAGCUACGAACCGCCAACUGUUGCCGCCGCAGCAGCAGUAAUUCCCGCGCUGCAGCUGCAAAGCGCGCCAGCAACAAUUGCCGAUGUGCAGCAAUUGGUCGUCGCUGGCGUGCUCGAUGAACAGCAGCAGCAACAAGCAGCCGCAGCAGCUGCAACACAGACUCAACAGCAACAAUUACCGCCAACAAAUAUCGCGAGUGUUAGUGCCAACAACAACAACAACAACAACAACAACAAUGUGAACUUAACGAAUGCAACUGCAACUGCAAUAACAACAACAACAGCAGCUACAGCUGCAACAGCAACAGCAGCAGAAGCAACGACAACAUCGCUCGGCUUGAGCGAUGAACAGCAACAAUCGACAUCGGCAGCAGCAGCAGCAGCAGCAACUGUUGCUGCCACAGCAGCAGCAGCAGCAGCAACAACAGCUGCAGGAGCAGCAGCAGCAACAUCAUCGACAACAACACAGCAACAAAUACAACAGCUACAGCAGCAACCAAAUGCAGAAUCGGAGACUGAAAGUGCAUCUGGAACAAGUGCAGUUGCGAUUGACAACAAAAUCGAACAGGCAAUGGAUCUGGUCAAAUCGCAUCUCAUGAUAGCGGUGCGCGAGGAGGUGGAAGUAUUAAAAGAGCGCAUCUCCGAGCUGAUGGAUAAGAUCUCCAAUCUGGAGCUGGAGAACAACAUACUCAAAUCGAACAUGUCGCCGGAGACGCUGCAACAGUUGCAAAUGCAGCUGCAAAUCGCUGGCAAUCAGCAGCCAGCUGCGGUGGCAGCGCCGCCCGCAACGCCAGCUAUACAAGCGGCGCCGACAGCAACAGCAGCAGCCGUAACAGUGGCAGCGACGCCGGCGUCGGCAGCGGCAACCAGCCCAGCGGCGUCGGCAGCGCCAACAGCAGCAACAGUUAUCGUCGCCAAUGGCGGCGGCGUCGGCGUCGGCGCAGAGAACGGCAGCAGCAGCAGCGGCAGCGGCGUUGACGCAGCAAUUGCUACAGCCUCAAUUGUCGAUGCAGCGCAGCCAGCGGCGAACGGAAGCAGCGGCAUCGCGGCAGCGGCCAUCAGCACAAACGGACCAAUGUCCUAAGCUGUUUGUUAGUUUGUUUUAAUCGUAAUUUUAUUAAUGUGGCCCAUUGUCCAGGGGCACUGGAAUGUCGAAAUAAUUGAAAAUGUCAACUAAAACUUUGUCGCCGCGACAGAGUAAAGCGUUAGCAGCCCCCCGUUCCCCCUUCCAGUAACAAUGCCCCAGCAACAGCAGCAGCGCAGCAACAUUAACAAAGCAGACAACAGCAACAACAACAACAAAAGUAUUACAAAAAAGCUCAACCAGUGGGAGAGCGAAAGAAGAGGAGAGAAAGUGGAAGUGAGUUCUGCUGCUGUUAACGUUGCGCGCUGUUAGCUGCGGCUGUUGCUGUCUGGUAGCACUGCUGCAGCCGCCAUUUUGUUAAUUUUUCGAUUGUGAUAUUUGUUUAACACACAUACCUUCACACAUACACACUCACACUCAAUCGCACACAUACAUAGUUAGAUGGAUAGACUGCGCGUUAACAGCCAGUAGGCUGCGGCUGGCCAACAGCUGUUAGCGAACGCUUUAACAGAGUGUUUUUAUUAUUAUUUAACAGUGCGCUGCUGCGCCAAUUAACAUUCAGGUUCAAUAUACACAGUGAGAAAAAAAGGAAGGCGAAAGGAAAUUCAUGUUUUUGUUUAAUUUUAAAACGCUACUUUUUUCCUUUUUGUUGUUCAUUGAAUUUUGUUUCAUGUUAUUUAACGCUCGAUAGAAGUUGUGCAAAACAAAAUCAUAAAUAUAAAUAAAAACAAAAACAAAACCAAAAGCAAAAGAAAAUAAAAGUUGGCUUCAAAAAAUACUUAAAUAUUGUAAAAGUAGAAUUUGAGCCGCGCAAUGUGCAUGGGCAGAGGAAAGCAGCGAAAGAUAGAGAUAGAGAAAGAGAAAACAAAAUAUGUGAUAAUUUGCAUUGUGCAUUGUAAAUUGUAAAAAGCAAGCAAGAAAAUAUCCGAAGCAAGCGCUAAACAAACAAACAAACAAAAAUACACUUAAAGAAAGUCCGCAGCAGCAGCAGCAGAGAUCAACAAAAUUUGAUUCACUUUAAACUAAACAUAUAUAAAUUGAUAAACACGGAUUAUAGAUCUAUAUAUCUAUAUAUAUAUCUAUA